AUGUCUCUCGUCGCCGGGCUCCUGGACACCUCCGACUCCGACGACUCGGGUGGGGGGUGGGAUGGCCCGCGCUACAUGGCCUCGCACGUGUACGCGAUCGAGUACAUGGAAGGCUCGCAGCUGAUCAACCAACUCACAAACUGGGACGGGCGGCGGGCGUUCGAGCUCAUGUCUCUCCCCCUUCCCCUCCCAAACUCCGGCGAAGAAGAAAGCGCAGACCAAAAACUAGCGCGGGAGAUCGUGGAGACGUGUCUGCGUCGGAGCUUCGGGUUCAAGCUGGCCCACGGGAUCAUAUUAAAGGUGUUCGAGUGCACCUUGGGAUCGAUGUGGAGGAGCCACGAGGGCUCGGACGAUGUGCCGGGGACGUAUGCGCAUUGGCUGCGGCACGGGACGAUAUAUUGGGCCCCGGACGAGCUGCCCCGCAGGUUAGAAUUUCAGGUGAUUGAGCCUUUUAAAAGGGGGCGGUUAUUAGGAUAA